AAGCCUAAAAAUAUUUUAUUUGCAUUUUACAAGUACAAACAGAAAGCACACGUCUACGCAUCCACACAAACGCGGUUACAUAGUCAAGAACAUAAUCAAGAAAUGGCUCAUUAAUAAGGGUAGCACAAACGCACAAGAAAGAAGACCUAAGCUACAAAACGUACGGUCGGCUGCUAAGUAUAAUUUCCCUGUCACCGCGUGUCACUUUAAUACAGCAUCUUUACAGCACUGCCAGGCCGGGUAGUUUGGUCGAAAGAACUCAACAGCUUACGGCCGUCAGCUGCCUCUUCCUUACGGGUGUCAUAAUUAUCCUAAUCUCCGCAUCAACGUCGUGCAAGUCCGCAUACAGGCAUCUGUAUCUGAACCAUAUUUGCCAGCUUAAUACAUGUGUAGUGAAAUUAUGAUAACCACUGCGUCUUAUCAAACGUAUUGGUUUUGCAAAUGCGCAUUACAGCUGACGGAACGACAUACUGUAAGUGAAGCACAAGAGAACAAGAACAAAAGGAGGGUACAACACUUGAAGAAAUGAAGAAUUAGUAGGCGUACAGCAAACAAGCGAUGACGGAGAAAAUACAAUAAUGAUGCAUCGGGUGUUCUGUGACAUCGGUUUGCGUACUUACGGUGUUAUGGAGAUCAACGGCAUAAAAACGUACCUUCAAGCGUACUCCCUCAACCUCCACCGCAUUCAUUAUGAUAAUCAACGCCUAAACAAAAUGAGGCACUAUUUUUUGCCAAGAGUAGACCUCUUUACAGCAAGUCUAUGUAAUGACUCGCAGACGAAACCAGCAUACUUUCGAAAAUGUUUUACCGGUUUUACCGCCGCAGUAUUCGAACGCCAACGGCCAGGAAACACAUCGAUACCAAUAGGCUGUCGGUGGUUAAUCAAGUACAAAAACCUUGACGCUAUGACUAAAAAGCAGCUUCAACAAUCAAAUUUAAAAACAAUGAACUGCCUAUUUGCUUGAGGUAACAAGACAUCCUUAGACGCCUCGAUUGUUUAUGUCAAUGGUUUGUGUAAAGUAAAAAAUUCAGCAUGUUCAGCGCCCCUAGCAUAGAAAGCACAAAUUAAAGUAUUCGACCAAAUUACAGUAGCUCCACGUGCGCGCUUACGCUGAAACGCGCCUCGAUUGAUUUUUCGCCCUCUGUGGCCAUUUGUUGAACUUGAGAGUGUACGGGGCCUGACGACGCAACGUUCACCGACCGCCCUUGCCCGGGCCGCUAUCGUCGGGAGUCAGAUGGGAAGCGGCCUUCUCGCCGUUUCCCACCGACCACCUUUUUGAAGCGGACUCUCCCUACGCGGGAGCUGCGUUCCGCGCAACGCCUGCUGUCGACGCCGCCCGAUUUCGCCGCCUACGUCGAUACAGCUCACACGCCGACAUGGAAUAUCAAGUCGCAGACACCUCCAUCAGCCCUGCCGAGCUUGAAGCUGACUCACGCUGGGUCCGUGCCGUGAAAGCACACCGUGCAGCCGCGGCCCAACAGCCCGUCGUCUCGCCACCGCCUGCCUCGCCACCAUCCAAGACUGCCUGCGCUAUUACUCUCCGUCGUCACGCUCCCCUACCUAGCCUCCCAGUGGAGGACUUCAAGAUUGUCUACAGACCGGGAGGAGGGCUUGACCUCCGCACAACCACUAACGGAGCCCUGCUCCAAAUCCUUUGCACUCGUGCGACCAUCGACUACGCCAGCGCACGCACCGCCGACCGUGUACGGAUAAACCCGUACAACUCCCUUACUGUCAGCACCCCAUCCGAGCCGCGCGCUCGCCUCUACCUCCGAGUCUCGGAACUCCGCCUGGGUGCCAUAUCUUACCCCCUGCGUGCCUACAUGGCCGCACCCGACAACGCCCUCCGCGGCAUCAUACACAACGCAGUGGACUCCCAAACCCAGGACGAGAUCGUCCAAGACCUCCAGUCAAUGAACGUUAACACCCCCUACGCCAUCGCUGACGCACGCCAGAUGGGGCGCUCCCAAUCCAUCCUCAUCACCUUCGUCAGCACUUCUACUCUUCCCUCCACCAUCGUCUUCAACUGCGGGGUCUACCGCUGCCACCCGUUCCGCCCGAGAGCCGAGGCCUGCACGAACUGCUGGGCUCCUGGCCACCGAGCGGAUGUAUGCACCAAGCCCAAGUCCGCCCUCUGUCACCGCUGCGGUCAGGCCCACAAGCCAGUCGAGCCCCCGGUCUGCGUCCCCUGCUGCAUCCUGUGCAAAGGAGCCCACGUCACGGGCUCGCGCGGGCUCCGGUUCGAGCGGAACGGCCCGUCAUCGCCCCCGGCCACCUCCAAGCACCAGCCUCCUACACCAGCGCCACCCACCGCGCCCGUACGGGGCGGCGCCACGUGUGCGUGGCUUGCUCCGCCCCCGCAUCGAGAGCGUCGUCUGCUCAUCCGCACGACCGUCCCUGGCGUUCGAGGCAAGCGCAACACAUCGCUCGGCGCCCUGCAACAGGAGACGGCUGCAACCAUCAACGAGCAGCUGGCCGGCCGGGUGCUCGUGUAUACCGACGGCUCGGUCUUACGGGACGGUGCGGCCGCUGCUGCGUGCAUCGCUCCUGACAUCCCGGCGCAGAGUCAGUGCCGCGUGUUGAGCGCGGUCUCAUCAACGCACGCGGAGCUGGCGGCCAUCGACUUGGCGGCCGAGCUGAUCUUCCGGCGGCGCAUCCCUGCGGCGGCUAUCCUCACGGACUCCCGCGCGGCACUGCACAUGCUGGCCAGGGCCGACCAGGGAUCAUCGCUAAUUCAGCGCCUCCUACGCAAGUUGCACGGCGUUUGCGAGCAGGGAUGCGACCUCGUUCUGCAGUGGGUGCCUGGCCACAUCGGCAUACACGGGAACGAGGAAGCGGACCGGCUCGCGAGGGACACCCACACGGCGUCGGUGCCUCGAUCGCUCGUCGUGACUCCCUUCGAUGUCACCCGUCACACCGUGGCUGGCAUGUUGCGUGCGAGACACCCGGAUGCUCGCGUCGCCAGUGGCAACCCGCCGAAGCUGCUACCACGCACGGGACUUCACAGACGAGACCGGGCGCUGCUGCUUCGCCUCCGCAUCGGCUGCUACCGCACCGCGGCAAGGAUACACCGCUUGCAAGGUACGGGGACCCCCUUUUGCCUCAAGUGCGCCGAUGUGGAGGACUUAGAGCACGUGCUUUUACGGUGCCCAGAGUACUCCGUGCAGCGCGACACGCUCACGAGCGCUUACCGUCGCCUUGGCCUGCCGUGCGACAGCACCAAGGCGCUUCUCUUCCCGGCGGCGCACUCAUCGGUGACCGGACGCGCCUUCGCGGCGCUGCUUGAAUUCUUGGACGGCGCCGAACUGACGUACGAGCGGCUAUAGCCGCCGCGCCUUCCUGACGUACCUUACCGCUGGGCUAUCUCUCACAAUUAUACUCUGUUUUCUUCGCUACCUUUUUUAUCCCUUUCCCCUCACCCGUACAGCCUUUUUAUCCCUUUCCCCUCACCCGUACAGCGCCGUGGAGGUGCCCUCGCACGAGAGGCCGUAACAGCGCUGUACUUAUCUCUUCUUUUUCCCCCUUUAAAACCACUCACACACACACGAAGUACGCGUGCACGAAGCUAGCUCGCUGCGUAGACGCCACCGUGCAAAACGCGCAAGGGCGUGCACGCGACGUUCUGCACACAGAUCGGGUGGGAUUAUCGGUUAACAGGAUCUAUCCGGAGAGGGUAACUCAAACCAACUGUAAUAAGUGCAAUGGCAUCAUUACUCUUUACCACAUUCUUUGGCAUUUCCCCGCGGUCUUCACAGACUGUGACAAGGAACAAGAAUGGUGGCGGCAAAUGCUACACAGUGAAUCACUUUCUGACCAAUUACGGGGAGUCCAGAAGGCUCGCGAUGUGGGUGAAGGGGUCGGCCUGACAGUCCCGACAUGGUCACUCCACCACCAGGGGGCCAAGCGAGCGGACCCGCGUGCACAACGCGCCUGAUCUUUUGCCGAAAAACGGCAGUAAAUCCUCUUCUACAUCA